GGUUCCCACUGCCGAUCAAACCAGCCCGACCAAGCCCGAUCAAGCUAUUUUGGCCUGGUCGGGCUCGGUCGGCAAGGGCGAUCGGGGUCGGUCUACCUUGAUCGGUAUCGAUCUGGCUUCCUACACGACAUUUUUUGGCAUGCCAAAAAAUAUCGUGUAGGAGUCGUGAAGGCAAGCCAUCGUACAGCGAUCGUGUACUGGUCGAGUAGAGAUCGAGUUGAUCGAAAAUCGAGCGUGUAGAGGUCUAGUUUGGUCGGGGUGGAUUUUUUCCGCCGAUCACUACCCGAUCAUCUCGAUUCACACACAACUUCUACACGAUUGGUUCCCGAUCAACUCGAUCAACAACUCAACUGCUUCACGAUCGAUACAUGUCUGCCCUGAACAUUUACUCGACCGAACUCGCUCACUUCUCGACAGCUUUACGAUCACAUCCCAAUCACUUCUCGACCGCACUCGAUCUUUCGGAUCGCAACUCAACCAAGGGCAAAGACACAAUUACGUGCUGAUCUUAUCACAUUUUCUUCGUACCAGUAGGCCUAUUAUUGAUAUUAAAAUUAAUCAGUUCUGGAAUUGGGAGUGAUAACAGGUGACUACUUGCAGCUCUUCACAUACUCCAACAUGCCGCGUAGAACUAAACGUAAAGCUGCGACAGCUGCUGAUACAGAUGAUGGCAAUGAAUCGACAUCUUCAACAUCUUCAGUCACAAGGCGCCAAGAGCGUACAGCAGCAACUCAAACCGAAGACUCCCCUGCCAAACACACCCGAAGACAAGAGCACAUGAAAAGAAGUGUCAGUGCUACUGCUGCGUCAUCUGAUGUGACUGAAAGUGAAAAUGUAGCUACAACCUCGGCCAUCUCACCUCCUGUAGAAAUCCCUCGGUUGACCAAGAAAAAAACGAACGUGCAGCAAUCGGCAGCUCCUCCACCUCGGAACCAAUCCCCAAGCAAUAGCACAGAAAGUCAAGAGCAGGAACAGCCUCGCUUCCCGCAGAAAGAGACUGAAUUCAAAACCCGGAAGUCCAUGCGUCGAAUGCUCACUCAGGAUGAAGAGGACGAUCUCGUGACGUGGCUGAGGGAGCACACCUUUCUGUACGAUAAGUCAUCUGCCCAGUUCAAAAUGAGAGAAAAAAAAGCAGGACAUGGCGGGAAAAGGAGGACGAAUUGGACUUGAAUCCCGGAGAUCUGUCAUCGAUUUGGUAUCUCAACAUGAGAACCCUGUUUUCCAGACUCAUCAAGACAUCUCGCAAGUCAGGAUCUGGUGCUGCAGAGCGAACAGCAAGACAGGAAUGGAUUCUGAACAAAUUUGAAUUCAUCCGGCCAUACCUGGUUCAGUUGCGUCAUCAGAGAGGAUCCAAUUUUGCUGAAAAGAGGAAGGAGCUUGCCCCAGAGGAAACAGAUGAUGAUGGUGAUGCCGCUUCUGAUUUGUCAGCACCAUCAACUUCAUCUGGAGGCGGUCAAAAAGCAGCUAGUGCAAUCUCCUCGCUGACAUCUGAGUU